ACGGAUAAACUUAAGCCUUCCUCCAAAGCACAGCAAACAACUUCCAUGGUAAAACAUUGUGUCGGGAAAUAUUAUCUAGAUCAAUUUUCAAUCAUUCAAAGAAAUCAUGUGCUGAUCGGAGACGAUAAAGAGGAGCAGCUAGAAGAAAAAGAAAAUAGCAGUAACGUUGUCAAUCGAGGAAACACAAGAUGGAGGCAGCAGGAGCUUCAAAGCAAUUUCAAGAACCCAGCCAGCAUUCCGAUGUUACUCUUGUGGUAGAAAAUCAAAAGCUUUACGUACACAAAGCUCUUCUAAUUCUACAUUCACCUGUAUUUGAAAAAAUGCUGACAGGUGACUUUAAAGAAAAAGAAUUAAAGGAAAUCCCGCUGCCAGGAAAGAGAUAUUCUGUAAUGGUGGAGCUCAUGAAGCAGAUCUAUCCCGGAGAUGUCACUGACUUAGUCAAAGAUGAAACCCUUGAGGACCUUCUUCAGCUGGCGGAUGAAUACGCCGUUCAGCAGGUUUUCGCCAACUGUACACAGUACAUCAACAACAUUCUGCGUUCGGAGGAUAAGCUAUCCACUGACCGCACUCUACGUUAUCUCGGCGUGGUGGAGCGCUACGAAAAGCUGCAAUCACUCAGAAGCAGGUUGAUAGACCGAGCAAGCCGAAUACCUGCCAACGACAUGAUGAGAAGUCAGUUUUUUCGUCUGGUGCCUGCUACAGCCACGAGAGACGCCUUACUCAAGCAAAUUUUGGAUUAUGGUUCAUCAAUACCAAUGUAUAUUGAAAUAAAGGCAAGAAGGAAAAGAUAUGACUGGUAAAAUGAAAAUGAUAAUUUUCUUCUUUAUUCCUAUGUGGAUCACACGUGUUAGCUGACAGCAGUACUUCAACAGUCAUUAGCAAAAAUAAACAUUGAUCAGUA